CAAUUAAUGGCUCCCUCUCAUGGAAAAAACAACUUGCUGCCAUUUCUAAUAUUCUAAUAUUUCCCCUGAGCAGAACUGAAGUGAAAGCUGAAAAAAAGCGUUUUACACACACGCUUGGUCAUUGCAUUUCCAUUCUACGUUUGGAGGCUAUAAACCUAAAUAUGAAGUCAUCAAUAUGACUACAUACAAAUAGGUCAGUUGGUACUAGUUCCUGUUAAAAGCAGCAGAGUGAAACUAACCUCAGGGUACGAUGAGGUCAUGAGGGAUCAAUUGUAAACUGGAGACCUAGUUCCCAACAGCUACGCAAUAGAGUCAGCAUCAUGGGACGGUAGUGUCCCUUCUCUCUCGACGAGAACGAUGACGAACGAGAGCCUAUUCGCAAGGACCACAGAUGACAAACAAUGUGACAGAAGAUGGGGGACUGGAAUUUGUUGGGCAGCAUUUUAGAGGAGGUCCAUAUUCACUCCACCAUUGUAGGGAAGAUCUGGCUCACCAUCCUUUUUGUUUUUCGUAUGCUCGUGCUGGGGGUUGCAGCCGAGGACGUCUGGGAUGAUGAACAGAGUGAGUUUGUUUGCAACACCGAGCAACCUGGCUGCAAAAAUGUUUGCUAUGACCAGGCUUUCCCCAUCUCCUUGAUCCGUUAUUGGGUCCUUCAGAUCAUAUUUGUGUCAUCUCCAUCUUUGGUCUACAUGGGUCAUGCAUUGUACCGUUUAAGAACCAUUGAGAAGGAGAGGCACAGAAAAAAAGCAUGUCUGAAAGCUGAACUGGAGGUGACGGACGCUGUUCUCGACCAUAAGCAAAUAGAACGGGAGCUCAGAAAACUAGAUGAACAGAAGAAAGUAAGGAAAGCUCCCCUUCAAGGCUCCCUGUUACGAACAUAUGUUUUCCAUAUCUUGACAAGAUCUGUAUUGGAAGUGGGUUUUAUUAUUGGUCAAUGUGGUCUGUAUGGCUUGGGCCUGCCUCCUCUGUACAAAUGUGAGAGGUUGCCUUGCCCCAAUAGUGUGGAUUGUUUUGUAUCACGACCGACCGAGAAGAACAUUUUCAUGGUUUUCAUGCUGGUUAUAUCCGGAGUUUCUUUAUUCCUCAACCUUCUUGAGAUCUUUCAUCUGGGGAUGAAAAAAAUCAAGCAAAGUUUGUAUGGUUAUAAAUAUGGAGAUAAUGACAGUGCGUGCAGGUCAAAGAAAACCUCCACGGUGCAUCAAGUUUGCAUAUUCCCAAAUUCCUCCCCACAAAGACUGAUGCAACUUCCACAAAUGGUCUGCUCAGUCGUGUCGAGCUCUCACAAAGAAACUCAGCCGUUGAAUCUGACAGCCGUAGCUCCUCUUCAUCAGGAGCCUAACAGUGGCAACCAAUUACCAGCACAGGCUCACCAGCCAAGCCAAGUGGACAUCCAGAGUAUGCGGCAGCUGAGAGCGAUGGAGAGGCAACACACUCUGGACAUUUGGAUGCAAUCAUCUUGCAGUGAUUUAGAUGCUCCUCAUCACUCUGGGAUGCUGCAGUAUACUGGACCUCGAACUACAUUAAUGGCCAGCCACAUGGAGAUCCCUGCAGCCCAGAGCAAUUUAGAGAGAAAACAAAGUGAUAUGGGUGCGUAUAAAGGACUUAGUGACACGAGUGAUUCUCCUGGGAGUGACCGCUUCUCGACAGCCCGGAAAAGCAGUUUCAUGUCCCGAGGAAUGUCUGAUGGAAGGCAGGGCAGUCCGUCAGCCAGUCUAUAUUCUAUGAAUGGAAUGAGCACUGAGGCCCAGAACCUCAACAAGAAAGAGAGUCCUGUAGUGACUCCACCACCCCCAACUUGUGGGAGGAGAAUGUCAAUGAGCAUGCUUCUGGAGCUAUCUUCCAUCAUGAAAAAGUAAACUUGGAAAUCGGUUGUGGAAGUGGACUGGGAGCUGACCGCGUUGACCAAAUCUCGAGAUUUUUCUCUGUUUUCAACACAUUCAAUAUUCAAACCUUAUUGAUUGGCACUGGUUAAACGGAUCUUCUACAAGAACAGACCACAGCAUGUCAUCGCUUAAAAUUGUCCCUUUUGUGACCUUUUGAAAAAGAUCUUGACAUUUGCCAAGGUAUGUUUUGUAGGAACGCCCCAAAGAAAACACACAAAGUCAUAGUGCGCAAUACCGGGGGCAGUACAAAUGCUUCUCUGCAAGUAAGGCAACCGAGCGACCAAACUGAAAGGUUACAGUCGAUAAACAAACGAAAAAGUGUCAGUUCGGUUUACUUUAUUAUUUAUUAUUUGUUUUGCAGCACGAGUGAUGCAUGUAGACACGACAACCACAAAAACAUAAACAAAAGUACUCAAGGCUCCUAUCGAAACCUCACUUCUACCUUGUGUGCGCAAUGUUACUUCAUUGGUAUGCCUCGUUUAUCUCGAUAUUCGCUGCUGCAAUAAUGACAUUUCUAAAGCGCUUGUUUUUGCAUUUUGGGACCGCGAACCUGGAGAUGAAGUUCACUGUGCAAAGGGCGGGGCUCGUCUUUUAAGAAUGAGCUCGUUAGGCGCUGUAACUGAACCGUCCUCUGGUGCACAAAGAUGCCGGACUAAGCGGUGACUCACUACAAGAUCAUUUAACUCUUUGGUUCAAGGAAUUGGUGUUCUUCAAAGAUACAUUUCCAAACCGCGACACAAGAGAAAAAGAUCAAAUCAAUUAAAUGAAAGCAAAAUAAAACAAGUUCAUCAUGGUUUUGUCAACAUGGAAAUACCCGUGUCCUCAAACAAAACAUUUUGCCCACAGCGUCACAAUUUGCUUCGAAGUUCAGCAUGGAGUCCAAAAUUGUCCCAAGGUAUUUGUAUGAUCGGAUGAUGAAAUGAUGAUACAUUUUCCACUGUUUGACCCUUGACAGAGGUGCGUUCCUUCUAAAAUCGAUGACGGUGUCUUUUGUCUUCGAUAUGUUUAACUGAAGAUAGGACUUCCUCUGGCAAAGUCGUCGAUGACCCAACUAUGGGUUGUCUCGUCGUUCUGGAGCAGACUGACGCUGACGGUCAUCUGCACACUUUAAGAUGCUCCUACCUUUCACAUCUGCUCUGGCACAGAUUUGUGUAGCGCAUGAAGAGAAAGGGUGAAAGCACUUGUGGGGAGUCAGUUGAGGAGCAAACCUGGAUUUGCAAGCAUUACUAUCAGGGCAAGGGUGCACGGCGGAGGGUCAAUUUGGGCCAGCCCAAAACUAUGUACAGUGUGUAAUAUCCCAACAUGUUCAAUAAACUCAUUUUAAAAGGACGCUUUAAGGACUAUAAUUGGAGCUGUAUAAAAAAAAAAACCAACUGCCUUUGCAAAGAUAAUGCUCAGUUUACAUUGAUGUGAGGUAUGUAUUUAACCAAUGCUGUGAAAUGUUGGUUACUCCUGUUUUCUAUAGCGUAAGCAACAUUUUGAUGACUCCUCUGCUCUGCUGCAGAUUUCACACCUCAAGGUUGCGAUUUCUCAAGAUGUUAAGCAAGGCGCUCUGACUGCGUUGAAGCUUUUAUAACUACACUUAAGGUCAGAACCGUCGCAGUCAAAAUAACAGAUUCAUUCCCCCACACACUCAAGUUAAAUAGAGGGACAAGAUCCCGGACCGGCAGACUCGAUGAAUGAACUCCGGGGCUGUAUCUACUUGUGUGUGCGAUGGCUAUUUGCUCAAUAUGCAGUCUAUCUGAGCUAAUUUCCUCCUCUGUUUAUUGAGCCUAUCAACAAAAGAACAGCUAAUACGACACUACUGUACACCGCUGGGGUGAAAUAUAAUGUAUACCUUUGUUAGGGUUAUUCAAAAUUGAUCGUAUAGUACAUUACAUUUUACAGAUUAACAGUCUGUGUAAGAAGAAAGUUAAACGUUUUUUCUUCGUCUUAUCCGUGGAGUCACGGGAGCAGCAGCUUAAGCAGAGAAGGCCAUACUUCCUUCUCCCCAGCCACCUCAUCCAGCUCUUCUGGGAAUAGACCAGCCGCGAGACAAAGUCUCUAGCGUGUCCUGGGUCAUCUCCGGGGCCUCCUGCUGGGUUAGGGUGAGGGUUAGUCUUCCCAGGAGGAGAUUCGCCCUCAUCUGGCUCCUCUCAACGCGGAGGAGGAGCGCCUCGACGCUAAGCCACUCCCGGAUGACUGCGCUUCUCACCCGAGCUCUAAGGGAGAGCUGCGGAGGAAACUCAUUUCGGCCGCUUGUAUCUGUGAUCUUGUUCUUUCAGUCACGACCCACAGCUCAUGACCACAGGUGAGGGUAGGAAUGUAGAUCGACCGGUAAAUCCAGAGCGUUCUCUUUCGGCUCGGCUCCUUCUUUACCACAGACCGAUACAGUCCGUAUGACAGCAGACACUGCACCAAUCCGGCUGUCGAUCUCCCGCUCCAUUCUUCCAUCACUCGUGAACAAGACCUCAAGAUACUUGAACUCUUCCACCUGGGGCAGGAUCUCAUCCCCGACCUGGAGAGGGCCUGGUCUCAGAUUUAGAGGUGCUGAUUUUCAUUCCAGCCGCUUCACACUCGGUUGUGAACUGCUCCAGUGAGAAUUGAAGGACAUGGCAUGCUGAAGCCAACAGAACCACAUCAUCUGCAAAACGCAGAGACACAAUACUGAGGUCACCGAGCCAGACCCCCUCAAAACCUCGGCUGCUCCCAGAAGUUCUGUCCAUAAAGGUUAUGCACAGAAUCGGUGACAAAAGGCAGCCUUGGCAGAGUCCAACCCUCACUGGAAAUGAAUGCGACUUACUGCCCUCAAUGCGGACCAAACUGACACCAGUCAUAUGUGGACCAAACAGCCCUUAUUAGGGGGUGCGAUAUCCCAGACUCCCAGAGCAUUCGCCACAUGACUCCCUGAGGACACGGUCGAACGCCUUCUCCAAGUCCACAAAACAAUCCAGAGGCACUGUCACCGAUGUCCACGCAAUGUUGCAAAUGCGUGUCAACCAGUACAGCCCCAUAACAUUCAGAGCCUUUAGGAACCCUGGGAGCAUCUCAUUUACCCCCGGGACCCCGUCACCAAGGAGCUUUUAACCACCUCCGUGACCUCAACCCUAGAGAUAGGAGAGCCCACCUCAGAGUCCGCAGACUCUAACACCUCAUAGGAAGGCGUGUCGGUGGACUCUUUGAAGUAUGCGGCCUACCGAAUCACAACGUCCUGAGUUAAGAUCAACAGCGCCCCAUCCCACCGUACACAGUGUUGAUGGUGCACUGCUUCACCCUCCUGAGAUGGAUGAUGGUGGACCAGAAUUUAUUUGAAACUGUCUGAAAGUCACUCUCCAUGGCCUCACCAAACUCCUCCCACGCCUGGAAAAAACGUGGCGAGCUCUCUUUUUCACGGGCAAAGUUCAGAUGUAUCGAGAGUGACAUGACCGUGGAAACGUGCGGUGCCUCACGCCAACUGCACGGCUGGCGUACGCACGUUUCUGCAGCUUUUGGUGCUUCGGCAACCACUCCUUGCUUCUUUUACAUUGUUGAAAUCAAAUGUUGUCGGGCAUGAAUUGUUCAUUAGUGCUAAUUGUUCAUGUGCCUCUGAUUUGCAGAUUUAUGAGGACAGUUUCCCAGCAUCGCCUCCAAGUGUUGCCAAAGCACCAACAUCUGCAGAAACGUGCCCACGCCAGCCAUGAAGUUGGCGUGAGGCACCGCACGAUUCCUCGGUCAUUUCACUCUUGAUACAUCUGAACUUUGCCCGUGAAAAAGAAAGUACGCCACGUUUUUGUGCGUACGCACCUUGUGCACAUGAGACCCCUGGUCUCCGGUUUAGGGGGUAUAAACACCCCCUUAAAAAAUGCCCGUCCUUCAAAGGGCAAUGCUUGGAUACACAUCAGUUAUACAGUAUAUAGAAAAAUGUGAUUUAUAAUGGGAGUCAAUGAGCCAAAGUAUUCCAAUUUUGAGUCUGGCGUAUGGUCAAUUAGCGUCUCGUCUUUGUAUUUGAUGAACGACAUCAGUCAACAAAAAGCCAUACUUUGAAUGGUUAAUGCAUGAGUGAUAUUGCGACACAAAUACUGUAUAACUACAUACAAACAGGCAAUAUAGCAAUACUCUCUAGCAUAUAUUCUUCGAACUCUGUGACAAAUGAGUUGUAAUAACAAUAUCCGAUCAUGACUUCUACUUUCUUUGUUACCGUCUCGUUGCGUCUGCCCCUCAGAGCACAGCAGGAACAGCGAU